GAGGGGGUGGGCGGAUUGGCGAAUUGUGGGGACCCCUCCCCCCCCGCAAGGCUGGGGGAUGGCGCCGGCGCCGGCGGACAACAAUGGUGGAUGGCCAUGAGGACAGGGCGCCAAGUGUGAGGAAGUCAUGGAGUCACACAGCGUGGAAGCAGAAUCUCUGGCCCACACCAGUCCCACCUGCCCGCGUUCUUCCUUGGCUCCCACUAAGCUUCAGCGAUUCAUUCAACAUUAACGUCAAAGAGGCUAGAACCUUCAAUGGUCCAAAGAAAGGUCAGUUUGGAUAUAAAGUUCAACAACAGGAAGCAGAGGGUCAGAAAUGGUUGCUGGUGAGCGCUCCCUGGGAUGGCAGUGCGAAGAACAAGAAAGGUGCUAUUUAUCGGUGCAAAGUCUCCAACAGGAAGAGCACAAACUGCAUGAAAUUAUACUCAGGGGAGGCGGCUCUGAAAAACGUCUCGGACAAAAUGAAGGAUAUGCACUUUGGCAUGACGUUAAUACGCAACACACAAGGCUUCAUGGUUUGUGCUCCCCUCUGGGCCCAGCAGUGUGGAAACUCCAUGUACAACACGGGAAUCUGUACGAACAUCAGCCGCAACUUCAGGCCUUCUGGGAUCAUCGCUCCCACUGCCCAAGAUUGCGGAGUCACCAUGGACAUUGUGAUCCUACUGGACGGUUCAAACAGCAUCUACCCUUGGCACGAGGUCCAGAGGUUCCUUAGCAACGCCCUACACAAGUUCCACAUCGGCCCGAAGCAGAUACAGAUCGGCGUGCUGCAGUACGCGGAGACGGUCGUCCACGAGUUCCACCUCGGCCAACACAAGACGGCGCGGGCCGUGAUCGCAGCCGCCAAGAACAUCAGCCGCCAGGGCGGUCGGGAGACCAAGACCGCAAUGGCCAUCAGAGCCGCCUGCUCGGACGCCUUCAGCCGGGAGCGGGGGGGUCGGGAGGGGGCGUCGAAGGUCAUGGUGGUGGUGACGGACGGGGAGUCCCACGACGGCCUGCACCUGCGCGAAUCCCUGGCCGAGUGCGAGAAGCGGAACAUCAGCCGCUACGCCAUCGCGGUACUGGGCCACUACAUCCGGAGGCGUAAAGACACUGAGACGUUUAUCAGGGAAAUCAAAUUCAUUGCCAGCGACCCGGAUGAGAAACAUUUUUUCAACGUGAGCGAUGAGGCAGCCCUGAACGAUAUUGUCGAUGCGUUGGGAGACCGAAUAUUUGGCUUAGAAGGUAUGAUUUAUCACAACGAAAGCUCGUUCGAACUGGAAAUGUCGCAGGCAGGAUUUUCCGCACAUGUUCUGGAGAAUGGAUUACUGCUGGGCGCUGUCGGGGCGUACGACUGGAAUGGAGCGGUGGUGAGACAGAGCGCUCACGGGCACGUGAUCACCUCCAGAGAAGCCCUGAGCAAUGAGUUCCCCAAGGCCUUGAACAACCAUGCAGCCUACCUGGGCUACACAGUGUCGUCGCUGAAACAGAGGAACGGACAGAGUGUCUAUGUGGCGGGAGCGCCCAGAUACAAGCACAAAGGCAAGGUCAUCCUCUUCAACAUGGACACAACGGGGAACGUGACCAUUCAUCAGUCCCUGGUCGGGGAACAGAUUGGAUCGUACUUUGGAAGCGAGGUUUGCCCGGUGGACGUGGAUGGUGAUCAGGUGACCGACGUGCUGCUGGUCGCAGCCCCCAUGUACCUUGGAGCCGGCUACAAGGAAACUGGAAAGGUCUAUGUUUACACAGUGCGGGAGCGUUCACUGCGGUUCAGCCACACCCUGGUCGCUGGGCCGAAAACGCAGGACGCCCGUUUUGGUUUCACCCUCAUCUCCGUCCCCGACCUCAACUACGACACGUGGAAUGACGCGGUGGUGGGUGCGCCCUUGGAGGACGGCCACCGGGGGGCGGUCUACAUCUACCAUGGACACAGACGCACCAUCCAACCCGCCCACAAACAGAGGAUCGCAGCCUCCACGCUGGACCCCGGGCUGCGGUAUUUUGGCCGCAGCGCGGACGGGCAGAUGGACGUGGAUGGAGACGGGCUGAUCGACGUGGCGGUCGGUGCCUUCGGCAAAGCCCUGGUGUUUGGGUAAGUCACAGCAUCGUGUAUCGGCACCCACACUGUAAACGGCUCGAGGCUCACAUAGAAAAUAGGUGCAGGAGGAGGACAUUCGGCCCUUCGAGCCAGCACCGCCAUUCGGUGUGAUCAUGGCUGAUCAUCCCCAAUCAGUACCCCGUUCCUGCCGUCUCCCCUGACUCCACUAUCUUUAAGAGCCCUAUCUAGCUCUCUC